CUUCAGGGCGGCUAUAAGAACUGAGCGUCUGUCUGCUCGGCACAGACAUCGGGGCAGUGAAGACAGACACAAGCUGAUCUCUGAGCAUCAAGUUCAAUCAUGAAGGGACUCAUCAUUCUCGCUCUUUUGGCCGUUUGCAACGCCAACAUCCUGUGGCCGGAGCCGCCCAAGAACAACCUGGAGGUGGUGAAAGAUGCCUUCUGGGACUACGUUGCAAAGGCGACACACACCGCUGAGGAGUCCCUGAACCAGAUCAGGCAGUCCCAGCUGGGCCAGGAAGUGAAUGCCAGGAUCGGUCAAAGCGCCGACACCGUGAAUCAGUACAUCACCACUCUGCGCACUCAGGUGGCUCCUUUGAGCCAGAACUUCAUGACUCAGUUUACCCAGGAGGCCGAGCAGCUGAAGGUUCGUCUGCAGAAAGACCUGGCCGCUAUGGGGACCAACGCCGAGGAGAUGAUGGCAAAGAUCCAGACCAAGGUGGAGGAGCUGAAGAAGGGAACCGAACCCUACGCUGAGGCCAUGGACCCGGAGACCAUGAAGGUCGUCCUGCAGCAAAAGAGCCAGGAGCUGAAGGAGCAGCUGGAGCAGAGCAUGAGCCAGCUGCAGGCCCAGAUGGUUCCCUACACUGAGGACAUGAAGCAGAAGAUGGAGCAGAGUCUGGAUGAGUUUCAGAAGAACAUGAUGCCCCUGGCUCAGAGCUUUGAGGCCCAGGUGGCUCAGAAAACCCAGGAGAUCCAGCAGAGGUUGGCUUCGUAUGGAGAUGAGCUGAGGGAAAGGCUGGACUCCAGCACUCAGGACGUGCAGACUCAGCUGAACAACCUGUGGGACAGCUUCAGUAAGAUGACCCAGUAAACGGACUCUCAGUCUUAAGCUUCAACAAUUAUCACAAAUCAAAUAUUUAUUUUAAAUUCACCCCUGUGUAUUUUAUAAAAUAAAAAUCUUGAAGUUCAAUGAUAUAAUUACCAAA